GUUGCUAGUGGGCCUUUAUGUGCUACAGACCCGCUGGGGCUCCUGCGAGUGCCAAUCCAAGAAGUUCGCAAGCAUCUGGCCGCACUGCCUGACAAACGCCACCAGCCUCACGUCCUUCGGCAUCAACCCGCGCUUCCUCUCCACCUCUGACCUCUACGACCCCAUUGUGGCCGCCGCCAACCAGACAGGCCUUGAGAAUUCCACCCUCAGCUCUGCUCCUCUCUUCAACGACGAAGGGCUCCCUUAUGGCUUCGUUCCCCCCAUGGACGGGCUUGAGUCCUAUCCGCUGAUAUUCGACAUCAAUCUGCACCGAGUGGCGGCCACCAAGCGACUGCAGUACCUGGUGGACGGAUUCUAUUUCGACAACCUCACCAAGUCCAUUGAGUUUGCGCUCAUCACUUAUAACGCGGAUGUCAACAUGUUUGUCCUCUCCAAGAUCCACAUAGAGGUGGACGUUGGGGGCAAGCUGGGUUACUCCUACCGGCUGGUGCCAAUCCCAGUGGAGCCCUACUCGUCCGCGUCCUCCUACGCUCAGAUGGUCCUCGAGAUCAUCUACGUGGUGUGUGUCGCAUACAACCUGCUGGAGGAGGUCAACGAGAUGUUCCAGACUUAUCGCCACUCGGGCAGCUUCCUCCAUCAUUUUCGCCAGUUUGGCAACUGGAUUGACCUGCUCUCGCUCUCCAUUCAAGUCUGGGGUAUUGUUGUCUGGAUCAUCAUGGUGCAGCAGCUCUCGCCUCUCUCCGACAUCAGCGUGCGCUACAACGUGUACACAUCCCUCGACGACACGACAUCGCAAUUCUGGGCGGUCAACACGACGAAUGGCGGCUUUGAGAGGGCGAUGCAGGUGUAUCGCACCAUGGAUGACAUCAUUCAGCUGCGCUCCUUCUACUUUGCUAUCCAAGGAAUCAAUGUGUUCCUAAUGGUGCAGCGCCUGCUCAAGCUGAUGGACUUCCAACCCCGCAUCGGCAUAAUCACGCGCACCAUGGCAGCAGCGCUGCCGGCCAUCCUGCACUUCUUCCUCGUCUUCGGAAUCAUCUUCCUCGGAUUCUCCUUCUAUGGCUACCUCGUCUUCGGCCGAACGCUCGCGCAGUUCCGCACCAUCCCCAACGCCAUGCUCUCCUGCUUCUUCAUGCUCAUUCAAGACAACUCCACCGCGUAUUACUACGCGAUGCUGGAGGGUUGGGAGCGGUUGGCAGCGUUUGUCUUCUGGCUGUCGUUUAUUGUCAUCAUGGUGUUUAUUCUGAUGAAUGUCGUGAUUGCUAUAGUGGUCGAUGCGUUCAUGGAUGUUAAGGAGGCGGCUCAGGAGGAGACGGCACUGCCAAUUGAUAUCUGGAUUCUGCUGCGGAACCUCUGGCAGCGGAUAUGCACGCCGUACUGGAGUCUGAGGAAGCUGAGGCACCACCUGCUGUUCCUGGGAACGCACGAGAAGACCCGAGAGGAGGAGGAGGCACUAGCAACGCAGCGCAAGUCAGCACUCGCAGAGGUGGCGGGGAUGGUGCGAAAGGGGUGCUUCAUGUCCAAGCAGGAGCGCGAGACACUGCGGCGGAUCCACCAGACAAAGAGGGUGGUGGACGUGGGAAUUGACAAGAUGGACAUAAUGUCUCUUUACGCUCUUAUGAACCGCACCUACGAACGCAAGAUGGCCUCGAUGAGUCCCACCAAGGCAGCCAGCAAGGCCCAUCAGGUCGACCCGGUAACCAUAGCCGAAUCAGUCAUGGGGCAAUUCGGGGAGGACGUGGAAGUAGCUCUCUUAGGAGAAAAGCCCAAGAAGGGCAAGAGUGGGGAAAUGUCUCACAUCAAACGAUCUCUACAGCGAUUAGAAGAGAAUGCGGAUGAGACUGCAUACGUGCUGCUGCAGGUGCAAGAGUCGUUGGAGAAAAUGAGGCAGGAGCAGGAGGAGAUGCAGCAGCAGCAGCAGCUGAUGCUGCUAAGAGGGUCUGGGAAGGAGAGGCGGCCAGAGUUGGGGCAGUUUCCUCGAUCCAUUUCGGGCAUGAAAGGAAGCCUCUCCUUUGAGCAGCUCGCUCCCACCUCCCCCACACGCACCCCCACGCUCCACACCAACAGCCUGCCGAGUCCUAUCAUACCUGGGUUUAUGAGCAGGAGGAGGACAGACAGCGCGUUGCUACCCGGCAGCUGGCAGCACACUCACAUGGCGGGUCUUACUGGUGGGUUGAGCUUCAGUGACGGUAUGCGUGGGGGAGGUGGAGGAGGGGGAGGUGGGGGAGGGGGAGGGGGAGGGGAGGGGAUAGGUGGGCUGAGUCCUAUUGCGAGUGUCGCCAGUGGGUAUACGGGGAUCAUGGGGAAUGGGGGGAUGAUGAGUCCGGUAGGGUCUCAUAGCAUGGGGGCGGGGUGGGCAGGGCAUGGGGCAGCAUCGGGCAGAAUGGGAGGGGAGUUUGGGAAUCCGGGCAGUUCUGGAAACCCAGGUAGGCAGAGGCGGGCCCGAACGGCCCAUAUGAAGUCCUUUGGAGGAGAUGAGCCAAGUAUUCUUGAUGCUGUGGCUAAGCUUGGUGGGGGGUUGGGGCGGAUGGGCGGCGAGGAUGUGGGGAACACGAGCGGGCGGCACCGGCCGGCUGGUUUCGGCAGCAUGCCGAGAGGGGCGGCGGAGGAUAUGGGCAUGAGAAGGAAAAUGGUGGAUUUCCCUUCUAUGGGAGGAGGGAUUGGUGGGGGUUGGGGAAUGGGUGGUGAGGAUGUGGGGAAUAUCAGCGGGCGGCGAAGAGCGUUAGAGUAUGGGUCAAUGAGACGAGGAAUGCCGGGCGGCGGUAUGGCCGGAGCGGGAAUGGCGUCUCCUUACCGGGGCGGCGGGUUCUUAGGCUCGGGAACGGCUGGGUUUGCUCAGCCUCGGUCGAUAAUGCCAGAUGGUGGGUUCGGAAACCGCAAGUUCGGGGAAGGCAUGGGGGCGGGAAGUAGGAGGAUGGUGGGAGGGGAGAAGCAAGGGAGUAGGGCUUCGGCCUUGCUGGCAGAGCUUCAGGCUGCCCGGGCGGCGGGAGGGGCGGGGAGUUGGACAAGGAUUCAUGAAGGGGAGGUGAAGAGAGUGCAGGUGAAAGGACUGCUGCAAAGAGAGGGCGGUGGCGAUCUUCGCACGACGACGUUUUCGCCGGAAGGCCGGCUGUUCCAGGUGGAGUAUGCAAUGGAGGCCAUCAGCCAUGCGGGGUCGGCCAUAGGCAUUCUGGCGACGGACGGCGUGGUGCUGGCAGCGGAGAAGCGCAUCACGUCGAAGCUGCUGGAGAGCAGCAAGACGAACGAGAAGAUGUAUCGAAUUGAUGACCACGUCGCUGCUGCUGUUGCUGGGAUCACCGCCGACGCCAAUAUCCUCGUCAAUUCCGCUCGGCUGGCCGCCCAGCGCUACACAUACGCCUAUCAGGAGCCUAUUCCCAUGGAGCAGCUGGUGCAGUCCCUGUGCGACACCAAGCAGGGCUACACGCAGUUUGGUGGUCUGCGUCCGUUUGGCGUCUCCUUCCUCUUUGCAGGGUGGGACAAGCAUCAUCAGUUCCAGCUGUACCACUCAGAUCCCUCAGGGAACUAUGGCGGGUGGCGGGCGUGUGCCAUAGGAGCCAAUCACGGUGCAGCACAGUCGCUGCUGAAGCAAGAGUACAAGGAGGAGAAGGGGCCGGGAGGGGAGGCGAUUCCAGGGAUGGACCUGGAAGGGGCAGUGCAGCUGGCGCUGAAGGUGCUGAGUAAGACCAUGGACAGCACGAGCCUGAGUGCAGAGAAGAUUGAACUGGCUAAAGUGUGCCUCGAGGAUGGCCAAGUCAGGUACCGUGUGUUUGGGGCAAAGGAGAUUGAUGAGUUGCUUCUGAAGUAUGAAAUGGCUCAACCCAAGGAGGAGGAGAGAUGA